UCUUCAUUCCCUUUGUAUUGAAAAGAUGAGGUCCUCUGUCCUUAUAAUGAUCUGCUUGGUCCUAUGCCUCAUAGGUUUAAGCACAAGCUUUUCUGAUCAGCACCAUAGAAGGAGCAGGCUUCUUUCAGAGUACUCCAUGGACAGCCGGACCGGCUGCACCGCUAAUCCGGCGGCGUGCCGCCUCCUUGGCAGCCCGGGGCCUGAUUGUUGUGGGAACACAUGUGUUAACCUGCUGAGUGACGGAGAGAACUGUGGCCGGUGCCGACACAGGUGCAGGUAUCCUCAGUCCUGCUGUGGAGGUGAGUGUGUUGAUCUCAGCCGCAACCGGAAGCAUUGUGGGAGAUGCUAUAACAAAUGCAACAAAGGGGAUUCCUGCUCGUAUGGCAUGUGCAACUAUGCCUAGGCCCUUGCGUCUCAGUUAAUUUCUUGUGAUUUUCUCUUUCUUUAUAUCGAUUUUUUUUCUUAUCUGGUUGUAACUGUGAGUGAGUUUUGUGUAUGCA